GUGACUUCCUCUGAAUUGAGUGGUGCCUUUAGCUCAAUGACAUCGCCAUUCUUCUCCUUUAGGGUCCCAGGGUUCUCCGUGUAGAACAUCACCAGCUCUGCCAGCGUUGCAAACUUCUCUCCUCCAUAUAGAUCAUAGUAAUCUCCCGUGCUCUGGAUCUUUAUAUGAGUCACAUCAUCGACUCUCCUAUUGAAAGGAGAGAGUAGGACAAGGGAAGAAGAGAGGUACAAAUACCUACACACCUCACAGACAGGGUGAAGUCCCCAGGAGAAGUCUGACUAGGUCUGCAGAGGAAGCUGCCUUCUUUGCCCUUCGUCAUCAGCAUCUCCUCCGCGUCCUGGCCCGAGAUGUGAGCGUGGAACCAUCUACCGAAACAGCUGUACACAUGUCUGGACACUUGUAUAAUGGGGCUUACCGUUUUGUGGCCAUCUCUCGCUAGUUGGAAGUGACGCGCCGGCUCUUUGUUCGGUUAAACACACGGCGGUCGCAGUCCACAGCGUGCGGACGUCACCACACACAACACACUGGACAAAUCUAUCUGUUUGGGGAGCAGAAAUGAGAGAGACCCGAAAACCCACGCUAAUUAUGCGAAAGAAAUUUUGAACAAAGGGGGGAAAAGAUGACCGACAGCAGCACUGCUAGCACAGCAGUGAACACGCUAGUUCCAGUCACGAGCGACGCUGGAACGGUUCUAGUGGAAGGAAAUGUAACGACGGUUCCUCCCUCCCCUGAUGUGGAGAGACAGCUGGUGAAUCCUCGAGCUGUCAGAAGACACCAUAACCCCCUCGACCUCGUCUCUCUCGCUGCACAAGUACAAUGUUUUACCGAGAACACUGUUGCCAUGGUAGUUGGCUCCACCCCAGGUACAGACGGCGGACCAGUUUGUCCGAGCCACAACAGGAGGGAAGCUGCAGGUGAUAGUGGAUCAGAUUCGAUUCCUGCAGGAGCAGGCUCGCUGUAUCCUGGAGGACGGGAGGAGAGAUGCUCAGUUGCACCACGCUGCCUGUAACUUCCAGAAGGUUCCGGGCCACACCUAUCACCUGUACGAGAGGGAGGACGGAACUGCAUACUUCUCCAUGCUUGGUUCCAAGGAGUGGGGAAAAACUGGCCCCGCCCACCAAUUCCUGGGGUCGUAUCGACUUGAACAUGAUCGAUCAUGGACACCUGCGGAUGUGGUAGAGCAAAGAUCAAGGGACAUUGCAGCCAUUGACAGAGUUAUUAAGUCUCAGAAUGCACUAGACUGUAUUGCCCACGGCUCUUCUUGACCACAUACUUAUUGGCUCUCUGAAUAUGGUUAGCACUGCAGGUCUCUGCACUUUUCAACAAUAUUCAACUUCUACCUCUACUAAUAAACUAUUUAUGAAUAAUGAGCUAAAAAAAGUCCAUAACUGAAGUAGUUAGGUUUUCGCCUUUUCCAAUUCUUCAUUGCUGAAGGAACAGGGUAGCAGUUGUGAAAGAGUCAUCACCUGACAAUGUUAGAGAAUGAAGAGAUUAUGAUGGUGGAAUGUAGGCAGAACUGACCUUGUAGUGCUGGCCAUCAGAGCGAGCCAUCACCACCUCCAGAGAACCGUCACUGCUGAACUCACUCAACACCUGGCGACAGGAUCCACACGGAGAUGCACACGACGGAGAUUUCCUUUUGAGGAAAUGGCAGAAGUGCUGCGCCCUGGAUAUUAUAGCUCUUAGCUCUUAUACUUACGUCACGACAGCAACGGCAGUGAAUUCUCUGUGGCCUUCGCUCACAGCCUUGACGACCGCCGUUCUCUCCGCACACAGACCCAGAGGGUACACUGCAUUCUCCACGUUACAGCCUGCGAUUAGAACAGUUUGUCUGACGCUCUAGUCAGAGCCACCCGUGGCCUGGAUAGAUAGAUACCUGUGACAAUGCUACCGUCCCGACAGAGGAGAGCGGCGCCAACGGGGAAAUCGCUGUAUUUUGCAUAUGCUUUCUCUCUUGCUCCGACAGCUGCAGCCACCAGAGCUCGCCUUUGCUCAUCUUCCAUUCUAAUUCUCUAUUACUUUCACGGGGGCGGAGCUGAUACAUGUGGGCGUGGCUGAACUCUUGACCUCACAGCAUGAGUCGCUGGCUGGACAAGCAGGCCUCUGUGGAGUCUCCAGGAGCCGGGUACGGCGGGAGGCAGGAGAGGAGGCUGAGUCAGGACGAGGGGAAGGGGCACAGGGCAAAGCUCAACCGGUCUCUGACCAUUAGCAGCCAGCCCGCCUCCGGGAACGGAGCCAGAGAGGCACGUGAUCCCUCGUCGCCGUUGAAGAGGUUCGCUCAGGCGAAGGAUGCCAUCAGACGAGCGUUCCAGCACCUCAGCGAGCGGCUGGCCGAGAGUCAGUCAUUCCUGCAAGCCGCCCAGCUGGGCUCGGACGGAGGGGGCGUGUCCAGUCUCGUGCAGCGGACCCAGGAGAUUCAGAAAGUUCUGAGCAGAGACAGAAUGAAGGUGGCCUUCUUCGGCCGCACCUCCAACGGGAAGAGCAGCGUCAUAAACGCUCUGUUGCAUGGCAGAGUUCUGCCAGUUGGCAUCGGGCACACCACCAACUGUUUCUGCAGUGUGGUGGGUGGGGAGGGGAGUGAGGGGUACCUUCUCAUUGGAGACUCUCCUGAGAAACGAAGUGUCAAGAGUCUGCAGCAGUUGGCACACUCACUGAGCUCUCAGCACCUUGACCCCAGUGAGCUGGUCCGAAUCUUCUGGCCCAAGACAAAGUGUCCACUGCUAGCUGAAGAUGUGGAGUUUGUCGAUAGUCCAGGGGUUGACAUGAAUGCUAACAUUGACGACUGGAUUACGAAACACUGUCUCGAUGCCGACGUCUUUGUCCUCGUCUCAAAUGCAGAGUCUACUCUCAUGAAUGCCGAGAAAAACUUCUUCCAUCGCGUGAGUGAGCGGAUCUCGAAACCGAAUGUGUUUAUUCUCAACAACCGAUGGGAUGCCAGUGACUCCAGUGAUCUUGCAGAAGGAGGGGAAGAAGGGGAGGGAGGGGAGGGGAUUGAUAGCGCAGGGCCUCGGCUAAUGGAGCAGGUGAUGCAGCAACACUUGGAGAGAGACAUAAAGUUCUUGACAGGCGAGCUCAGUGUGACAGACGAGCAGACCGCGAGUCAUCGUGUCUUCUUCGUGUCAGCCAAAGAGGUUCUGCACUAUCGUCUCAGGAAACACCAGAGAUCAGCUGACCCUGGCCAGGGACUGGCCCCAGGCUACAGAGCGAGGCUCCAGAACUUCGAGCAGUUUGAGAGAAGGUUCAAGGAGUGUCUCUCCAGCUCAGCCAUCCACACAAAGUUUGAGCAGCACCACAAGCAGGGACAGACGGUGGUCGGAGAGCUGAGUCAGCUACUUGCCAACCAAGACUCUCUCCUUCGCCAGAGGAGGGAGGAGGUUCGGAUUGAGCUGGGGGCGUGUCAGAGCCGAGCACAGCAGCUGGCACAGAACAAACCCUCUCUCGUUGCCAGUGGAGACCACUUGGUUUCCAUGGCAAUGGGUCAGGUGGGAUCGUUUCAGUCGAAGGCACUGAGAGAUUUGCUGACUCAGCUACCCAGUCUCAUUGAUCUCUACCAGGCGCCCUUUGACCCCAGUGACCCCGCCCCCUACAAGACGGGACUUUUAUCUCAUUUCGAAGAGCAGCUGUCGGCAGAGUUACAAAGAGCAAGUGCAGCUGCUGUGGUCGCCAUCUAUGAAGAGACCCAGGCCAAGCUUAUUGAUGCCCACCAGGAGUUGCUGCAGAUGUCUAGUUCGGAGCUGGAGAGACUGAGAGAGACUGUCUCUGGACUGCAAAUCAACUACUCUCUGCAGUGUGCCGAGCUCUGUGGGGACUUUCAGGAAGACCUGCAGUUUCAUUUUUCCCUUGGCCUCAACACUCUCUCAGCUGUGGCAUCCACAGGGUCAUGGCUUGCUGUGCUGAGGUCCAAACUUUCUCUAGUCCACUCAGUGGUAUCUGUGGAGUACGCAGCACCUGCUGUUCUCCUUGUAACUGCUCUACUGCUCCCGAGGUUUCUCCACUGGCGUUACCUGCUGCCAGUGAUGUGUGUGUGUGGAGGAUUGUACAGCUACGAGUGGCUGGCCUGGACCCCUCGCAGCAAGGAGGCAGCUCUCAAGAGGCAGUUUGUCCAGCACAUGAAGGAGAAGGUGCAGCUCCAGGUCAAAACCAUCAACAACAGCUGUGAAUUCCAGAUGCAAUCCAACCUGGCCAACCUGCGAGGUCGUCUUCUCCAGAGACUGGAGGGGAGUGGGAGAGAGGCAGAGACCAGGGCCCAGCAGUUGACAAGACACUUGGACUCCAUCUCAAUCCUUAGCAGCAGACUCAAGGCUCUCAGGUCUGAAUGCGGUCCAGCUGUCGUCCUCUGAUCUCGACAAGUUUAGAGAAGACUUUCUAGAACUAUAGAGCCCAGCACUGAACUCUGUUAUCAGUUAGCAUAACAUCACCAGAUUGAUCACUAAGUACAGUAGUACUUAGUAUACAAGUAAAUUAAAAAUCUUGCGAAUUUAAAAAGAGGCAUACCUAAGUGAAGUAUUAAACAUUCAACAUUACACAAUAGUGUAUAUAGCUUGAAAAUACGAAAAAGUCAUGCGACUGAGUAUAAUGAAAAGCACUAAAGUGCAAACCCUCGGCACACUCUAUAGAAAUGUGGAACCCAUGUACACAAGUGUGCACCACCACAAUUGAUGGUCUUGUUCCAUGGUAUGGGAG